AUGGAUGGUGGUGGACGAAUGGCCGCCAGUCAGCAACCGGUUGGUUGGGUGGCUGGCGAUUCAUCUGUCACCAUCAAUCGCCUGUCGUUCCGCGUCUUGUGUCCGUGCUGUGUGGUAUUGAUCGAGAUCAUCGCUGUGUUCCUAUUCGAUGGUUUCGUAGGAAUCGCUUCUGUUCGUGGCUUUUUCGCAGGAUAUCAUCCCGGCUAUCCUUUAUUGGUAAAUCGAACGUACCAUGACAACGCGACAGCAGCCUACGCUGAAGAUGUCCGUAAAGGUGGACAAAAUCGAACACCAACGUUAAGUCGCAAACACGGUGAACGAGCGUUGAUGAGCCCAUUGGACAGCAUAUUCAGUGAUUCUUUGGAGAACAUCCUCAGCGAUUUCGAUGAUGCUCUUGGUGCUACUCAUUCGUCAAAAGUGAAUCGUACACUACCACGCGACCACGAUACCGUACCCAGCGGGCGACGGAUGCAAAAUGGUUACGCUUCCGACUACACAGGGUACUACAGUUCACCAGUUGGCUUAGGUCCUGAUCGACGAGCAGACUCGAAUGCUAUGUUAGCUUCACGUCCGUUCGCUCUUGAUUUGAGCGCACCGCCCAAACCACCACAUAGAUCCACCGCGAAUGGACGAGCCACUCCCUCGAAGCAAUCAACAUCAGCUUAUACCGCUCUUGGUCGCACGAUCACUGAAAUCAAGGCUCGAAACACCGAAUCCCCGUUUCCCGAUCGAGAACUGCAUUCACGGAUGGGAUCCCGUGUUGGGACCCCGAUUGAUUUGGGUGUUCCCGCAUACAACGGGAACAACACCCUAACCCGGCCACGUACACCGCAUCGAUUGGAGGCGGAAAAGGACCAGAAGUUCGUUUCCGAAUCGUCUUUGGAGCGAUCGUACCAACCUCCGAGCACUCACAACAGCAAUAGUUGGCGUCGAAUUCCCGUCGAGGAGAGACCACAGGCACAUGAACCUCGACUGAAUGCGAACGGUCGCACCACGGAAUUUGCUAGUCUCAGACGUGGCAGAGAGUAUGCGGUGUCAGACACACAAAACGCGCACCGAGUACGGUAUUAUUCAGCGUCACCAAAAAUGCCAAGGAAAUUACAAGCGGUUCCACCUCUACCAUCUGCAUCACAAUUUACGUACACACAUAAUAACGGGAACACAAUGCUUGCGAAAACGCAGGGGACCUCAAUGUCACCACGACCGGGAGAUGAGAAGCUAUUCAUUCCCAAACAGAUGACUACCGUUGGUGUUUGCACUGGUCCGCUACCGCCGGCGAAACCGUGUGUCGAAUGUGGACCGUUACGGAAAGAAGUGCAAGAAUUGUUGAAAAGAUUAGCAGUAGCUGAAGCAAAGCCUGUUCUCGUAUCGAUUGGAACUGGGACAGAGGAGAUCAAAAGAGUAGACGUAGCGGUGGGCGAUCCAACGCUAUGGUACACAAUCGGAACAGAGACGGAACGUUACGAAACGGUUGAACGUGGAGCGGACGCAAUGCAUAUCAACAUUAAUAGUGCGGAGUGCCAAACCAGUCCUACUACUAUGGCCGAAGUGGGCGUGACUGUCGAACCAAAUGUAGUGAACAUUGAUUCACAGACUGAGGAUCAAGCUAAGAUACAUCUCGGUGUUAAUACGGAUCAAGACGAGAUCCCUAAAAUUGCUGUAAGCGUGGAUCAAGAGACCAUGACAACUCGUACCUACUACCGUAAUAUUCCCAGUCAAACGGAUACGUUAGCGGAAGAGGAGGCUCAAGAAGUGAUUGUACCCGCUGAUCUUUGUGCUAUAGCCGCGUCUAGCGACGCCGAAUGUCAGACGGAAACAGUUCUUACUGCAGAUUCCAACGGGGAGUCGAUAGCAUCUGAUGAUAUGGUUGGAGAUUUAUCCGUUUCGGAAUGUGCACGAUGCAAACAACGUGAGGAGACGUUCACUCGAAACGUGGGCGUUGGCGCGUGUUCGGUUUCAGAUAAGGUAUGCAUAGAAUGUGACAAAGCGACUCCUGACGAGGUGGAUGAGAACGAUGCACCAGGUUUUAAGCCCGACAGCGACCAGUUGCGCUCGAAAGAAUUCGAUUUGGCACGAGCGGCUGCUGUGAAGAAGCUGCUCACAUGUGAACAAAAGCAACCAUUUGUGAGAGGAACGGCAGUGUCAAGAAGCGCACGCAUUGAGAGGAAGAAGGGCGACGAUCUGGAGUACAUUGCUGACAAGAAUAAGUCAAUAGUUGCUUCACAAAGUGCUCCAGCCACAACCCCAUCGGGAGAGACAGCAGACGCAUUGAAGAACAAAGUUGUUCUGAAAAAGGAAGUUCCCUUACCACCGUCCAACUUGCCAGAUCCAAUACCGGCAAGAAUACCUCGUCCAAAAAUUAGCAAAUAUGCUUUGCCUGCAGAAAGUGCGGAAACACCGGACGAAGAAGAAGAAGCAGCGGAUCGUCUGACACCGUUGCGAAGUGAAUUGAGAAGUCUUGGAAGGUGGCCUCGAAAUAACGCGCAAGUACCGUAUUCUCCAUAUAAGAAUGGAAGUGAGUCUGACGAAGAUUCAGACGAUUCCGAAGGCAGUUAUGAUACGCAUGAAGACGGUGUCGAUCAUGAAGAAUCUCCGUACGAGAUCUCAAGUCCAAUGCGUGAAGCGAUGGAGAGUCUUAACUCACAUUUGAUCCAACCCGGUACAAUAACCCCGGAAACAGCGGACUGGGCACUAAAAUAUGUCCAGCAUGAAUGGCUGAAAUGUGCUGCACGCAAAGGGAGUCAAGCAGCUGCAGUUGACGUACUCAUUGAACAACUCAGAGAACUCUCGUCAGCUCUUCUCAAAGUUGUCGUCAACAUUACUGAUCAGAACGGCAACACAGCGCUACAUUAUGCCGUGUCGCAUGGAAAUUUCGCUGUCGUAUCGUCGCUACUCGAUUCGGGCGAAUGUCAGCUGAAUCUGGCGAAUCGUGCUGGCUAUUCGGCUGUGAUGCUGGCGGCGCUCAGCUCAUUGGAGAACGACGUCGAGAAAGCGGUCGUUCAACGACUAUUCCAACUCGGCAACGUGAACGCACGUGCAACACAACACGGUCAAACCGCACUUAUGCUUUCGGUAUCGCACGGGAAGAAGAACACCACUGAGUUAUUGUUAGCGUGUGGUGCUCAAGUGAAUUUACAGGAUGAGGAAGGUUCGACCGCAUUGAUGUGCGCUGCUGAACACGGACAUAAGGAUAUCGUUAAGCUGCUCUUAGCUCAACCAGGCAUCGACGCUGCGCUUACCGACUGUGACAGCUCAACAGCGCUUUCCAUUGCUGUCGAAAAUGGUCACCGGGACAUUGGCGUGUUGAUCUACGCUCAUCUCAACUAUAGUCGAGCGGACUCUAUUGAAGAGAAAUGA